UUUGCUGACAUUAAUUAAACAUGAGUAUCAAUCAUUGGGACCUUGCAUAAUGAGGUCACUCUGCUGUGUGGGUGUCUUUAAAAGUUUAAAAGAAGUUGAAGCAGAGUUUGGGCUCAGUUAGGAGGGACUCUCAGUAUGACUACAGCAGGACAACAGGUGAAUGCAGAAAUGUAAAUGUUAGCAUUAUUGUGAAUUUGAAAAGGAAAUGAUGCAUUUAGGGAUGUUUUUAACAAUUGUUUCCAUGAUAAUGAAUCUGUUUAGCAUCACUACACUGACUUCUGUUCAUAUGUGCUUUAUGAUUAAGUUGAAAAUCGUGCCAUACAAGUCCAAGUUGAAGCUAGUUAAGUUUUUACAAAUCCAUAACCAAAGAUAAAAUAAUUAUUGCUUGGUGUGCACAGUGGAAUUGAGCGAUCAUGGUAAACUCUACACAGGUUUCAUAUUUCACACUCGCUGCCUACUUUGACUCUGGAACUUUUAAGUACUUAUAUUUUAUGAUUGUCAUGUCUUUAUAUUUGUUUAUUGUCGGUGUCAAUGUUUUGCUCAUUGUGAUUAUCUGUAUGAACAGAAGCUUACAUGAACCUAUGUACAUAUUUCUGUGCAGCCUGUUUGUAAAUGAACUGUAUGGUAGUACAGGGUUGUUUCCAAUGCUUCUGGUUCAGAUUCUCUCUGAAGUUCACACAGUUUCUACUUCAUUUUGUCUCCUGCAGAUUUAUUGUGUACACACUUAUGGAGCUGUUGAAUAUUUAAACUUAGCCAUCAUGUCUUACGACAGAUACAUAGCUAUCUGUUAUCCUCUACAAUAUAACACACGAAUGACAUAUAACAAGAUUGCCAUGCUCAUUGCUUUAACAUGGUUAUACCCUUUGCUUGCAUGUAUUGUCAUAAUAUAUUUGAAUUCACAUUCACAGCUGUGUGGGAACAUCAUUUACAAAGUUUACUGUGACAGCCACUCUGUUGUCAAGCUGGCAUGCUCAGAUGCCAAUGUAGUUAAUAUAUAUGGACUCAUUGCAUCUUUUGGCACAAUCUUUGGUGCUUUCAUUUUUAUCAUGUUCACGUACAUGAAGAUUCUUAUAGUUUGUUUUUCUGGUUCCAAACAGACCAGACAAAAAGCUGUCAGUACCUGCACACCUCACCUUGCUUCCCUGCUUAACUUUUCUGUCGGGGCUAGUUUUGAAUUAAUCCAGAGCAGGUUUAAUAUGAAGAGUGUACCCAAUAUGAUGCGCAUUUUUUUAUCGUUAUAUUGGCUCACAUGCCAGCCGCUCUUCAACCCCGUCAUGUAUGGACUGAAAAUGUCCAAAAUCCGUGUUAUAGGUAAAAGUCUGAUGUCAAAUGUUGUCUAGCCUUAAUUUAAUCAGACCUUUGAAGUAUUCGAACGUAGAACUUUUGUUAUAAUGUGACAAAUAAAUUAACUCCAAUGUUAAAAGCCUGUUUUCUUUAUGUAUAUAGAGGGACAUACAACCACAAUACUAACCAUAAGACUGUACAUCCGAUUUAGAAAUGUCAGUGUGCACCAUGUUGUCAGAUUGAUAUAGUAGUAAUAGUUGAUUUACAAUUAUAACUCCAUAUUUAUAUUUGAUCACAGUGUGUAUAUUAUAUCAAUGAUUAAUACCAUUCUCUAAAUGAGUAUGACUCUCAAUGGGAUGCUACUGUACUCUACCUCAACAAGGCCUUUGCACCAGUAGACUAAUUAUAUCCACACAGAUAUUUUCAAAAUGUACAAAUCAUGUAUAUGUCCAAUUACAAUAUAUUUUAUAAUGUAAAAAGUGUUUUUAUUUGCUAACCAUUGAAUUUCUCCUCAAUAAAGACCUCUCCUAUUUGUGACGACAAA